GUGCAUGGUCAGUCGCCAACCGACAGUUCUUUCAACUUCCCUCACUCAAAUGAUUACACUAAACGGACAAAUGGAUAUGUUCGGCGAAUUUAUUUUUUCCCACUUUAAUCCAUCGGUAUUAAAAAAUGUCGUGCUUCAGAAUAAUACAAUCAGGUGCGUUAUUGUCACGUGACUGUCUUCUCCUAUUAUGGGAAUGUCACGCACCAAUCGAUCGCUCGAGUUGAUCCUUCACUCGACACCUCGAUGGAUAAUCUUCAAAUGAAGGUUUACCUUCUUCGCGGUGUAUAUUUAACAUGCGUUAACGGAGCCCUAUCAGCGCCUAACUUUUCAACGGUAGCAGAGAUAGGGGAAACUAUCUCCUUCAAGUUAAACCUAACAGAGCUGGGUUGGUACACUGAUGAUGUGGUCCACUCUGUCUUGGCGUGGAAUGACGCCAGGCAUCCCAUUGCAAAAUUGCAGCAAGGUUCUACUCAUUCUGAGUGUUACAAGAACUUAUCUUUCCUGGGAUCAGUAAGAUGCACUGAUUUCAAUGUCAGUGUAAUAGAAACCAAUGUUGUCUGCCUGAAAAUGAGAGUGGUCACUAAGGCAAUGGCUGCAGACUACAUAUAUUAUGCAUUUUACAGCAUGGUUAAGCACAACACGAGCCUUGUGCAGAUUAACGUCCAUCUCAAAGACACACCAAAUCCAACGCCAGGUGUCACACCCAUAAGCAGUAUUCAUUCACCCACGGGGCUCCCUUCUGAGCCCAAUACGAAGACAAACGAUCCGACUAGGAGGAAUCAAGGAUUACGACCAGGCAUUUCUUUUUCACUGAUGUUUGUCGCCUACUCAACUUAUUUUAUGGCUGUGUCAUCUCCCAGUUAAAGGAAGGAGUCCACAUGCCGCUCGUAAAUCUGGUCUAAUUUGCCCAUAUUGCUGUUCUUGACAAGAAGCUGAGUGAUGAACAAGACGAAGUGAAAAAUCAUUUGUCGUUUUGUGUAUUCAGAUCGAGGUCUAUUUAUUUUGGAUUUCAUCAGUUUUGAUAUGCAUUUAGGGUUCUUUGUUCUUGCAUGCAGCUUCCUUGCCAUCUAUUUUGUAAUAUUGAAAUAAAAAUGGUUUUACUUUUCAAAA